CCUCCCCUCCCCUUGUUCUUUUCUUGCCUAUAAAUUCCCACACACACUUAGCUCCUCCAUCACCACUUCAUAUUUAUCUCUUCCUGCAACACAAACAAAUCCUCAAAUAGUAUUCAUCACUUGAUAUACUAAAAUGAGUCAUCAUAAGCAAGCAGUCUUGUCUGAGCUUGCAACCAAUGAUGGUCAUGGUGAGAAUUCAUCUUACUUCGACGGAUGGAAGGCCUACGACAAGAACCCUUUUCACCCCAUCCACAAUCCCGACGGAGUUAUCCAGAUGGGUCUCGCAGAAAACCAGCUUUCGCUCGAUUUGGUUCAGAAUUGGAUAAAGAAGAAUCCAAAGGCCUCCAUAUGCACUACUGAAGGAGUCAAAAUGUUCAAAGAGCUUGCAAACUUUCAGGACUACCAUGGUUUGCCUGAAUUUAGAGAGGCAAUAGCCAAGUUUAUGGGGAGAGAGAGAGGUGGAAGAGUCAUAUUCGAUCCCAACCGCAUAGUCAUGAGCGGUGGAGCCACCGGUGCAAAUGAGACCAUCAUCUUCUGUUUGGCCGAUCCAGGCGACGCUUUUCUUGUUCCCUCACCGUACUAUCCCGCAUUUGAUCGAGACCUUCGAUGGCGAACCAGGGUACAGAUCAUACCUGUAGAUUGUGAUAGCUCAAACAAUUUUCAGAUAACAAAAGAAGCACUUGAAGCAGCAUAUGAAAGGGCACAAAAAGCUAACAUCAAUGUGAAAGGAUUGAUCAUGGUGAACCCAUCAAACCCACUUGGGACAGUAUUGGACAGAGACACACUAAGGAGUUUGGUCACAUUUGUGAAUCAAAAGAACAUUCACCUUGUCUGCGACGAAAUUUACGCGUCCUGUGUCUUCAGCUCCCCCGGUUUUGUAAGCGUCGCAGAGAUUGUGCAAGAGAUGGCUGAUCGCUGCAACCGCGACCUUAUUCACAUUGUUUACAGUUUAUCUAAGGACUUGGGUUUCCCUGGCUUUAGGGUUGGCAUUGUCUAUUCGUACAAUAAUGAUGUGGUGAGUUGUGGCCGGAAAAUGUCCAGCUUCGGAUUAGUCUCCUCGCAAACUCAAUACUUGCUAGCUGCAAUGCUUUCCGACGAUGAAUUUGUCGACAAUUUCCUCACGGAGAGCGCCAAGAGGCUCGCUAAGAGACAUGGGAUUAUCACUAAGGGACUUGAAGAAGUUGGUAUUAGUUGCUUGAAAAGCAAUGCUGGUCUUUAUGUUUGGAUGGAUUUGAGGCAUCUACUUAAAGAAGAGACAUUUGAAGGUGAAAUGGUGUUGUGGAGAGUCAUUAUUGACAAAGUGAAGCUCAAUGUUUCUCCGGGCUCUUCUUUUCAUUGCGUCGAGCCGGGUUGGUUUAGGGUAUGCUUUGCAAACAUGGAUGAUGAAACAGUCCAAGUGGCUCUCAAGAGAAUGCAAGCAUUUGUUGGUGAAGGAGAGGAGCGAAAAGAGGCGCCGUUGAAGAGGCAGCGCUGGAAAGAGGAUCUCAGUCUGAGCUUCUCCGCUCGGAGAUUCGAGGAGGGUGUCAUGUCUCCACAUUCUCCAAUCCCUCACUCACCCCUUGUUAGGGCAAGGAAUUAAGCUCCAUCUCUCUCUCUCUCUCUUUCUCUCUCACUCAUGAAGGCUAUGGAAUAACCAUUUUUUCCCAUUAGUCAAGCUAUAUAAGCUUUUUUUUUAAGGAUCUAAAAUGUUGUUUGUGUGUUGGAUCGUAUUUAUUUUCAAGUUGUCCAUAGACAACUAAUCUGGGGAAGAAGUUGUAAUUGUGCUAUCUGUCUGUUUUCAUGUUCCCGAUUUCUAAAUUGUAAUGCUUCACAAUGACGCUCAAUUGGCUCUUUUUGAUAA